AUGGGCGAACAACCGACAUUCAAGUUGAACAAACCUGCGCUGUUCCAGAACAAAUCUCUGGUCGAUGGAGCCUGGUUGGAAGCGAAAUCGGGGAAACGAUUUGAUGUGAUCGAUCCUGGCACCGGCCAGCCGUGGACCACUGCACCAGACAACGACGCUUCUGAUGUUGAAGAGGCCGUACAGGCUGCCCACCGGGCGUUCCUCGGCUACAGAAGACUCAGUCCCCUUUUCCGCUACCAAUGUCUGUUGAAAUGGGGCAGUCUCAUACGAGAGCACCGGGACGACCUGGCCCAAAUCGUGACGUACGAGACGGGAAAGCCGAUCACCGACGCUCAAUUCGAGAUCGAUUACGCUCAAAGUGCGGCGUGGUGGUUCGCCGGCGAGGCCGAAAGGAUCCAUGGCACCGCCUUCGACUCUUCCGUCUCGGGAAAGAAAGUCAUGACGGUCAAGCAGCCCAUCGGCGUUGCCGCUGCGCUGGUCCCGUGGAACUAUCCAGUCGCUAUGAUUUUGAGAAAGGCCGGUGCUGCGCUCGCCGCUGGCUGUACCAUGAUGAUCAAACCGUCGCCCGAGACACCCCUGUCUGUGCUGACGCUGGCGUUGUUGGCCGAAGAGGGCGGGUUUCCUAAGGGAGUCUUGAAUGUCUUGCCAACGAGUCUCAAGAACACGCCCGAAGUGAGCGAAGCUCUUUGUCACCAUCCGCUUGUUAGGAAAGUCACCUUCACUGGUUCUACCCGAAUAGGGAAAUUGAUCGCGAAAUUAUGCACCGAUGGGAUGAAAAAGGUGGCUCUUGAAUUGGGAGGGAAUUGUCCUUUUAUCAUCUUCUCAGAUGCGUCCCUAGUCCAGGCUGCCGACGCACUCAUGAACCUCAAGUGGCGUAACGCCGGACAAGCUUGCAUCAGUGCGAAUCGGGUAUACGUACAAAGCGAUGUAUAUGACCAGUUUGCAGAGAUCCUCAUGGAACGGACUGCCAAGCUCGUCGUUGGUCACGGCAGCCUCCCGUCUUCGACAAUGGGACCCGUCACCACUCCACAGAGUCUCGACAGGGCUCGCUCACAGGUGGAGGAUGCCAGAAAGCACGGAGCUAGCAUAGCUCUCGGUGGUGACAGAGUUAAAGAUAUGCCUGGUUUCUUUUUCCAGCCCACCAUCAUCCUCGAUGCCACGAAGGAAAUGCGUGUCACUCAGGAAGAGACAUUUGCACCAAUUGUGACAUUAUACAGGUUCGAGACGGAGGAAGAAGCCAUUGAAGCCGCGAAUGACACGAGUAUGGGUCUGGCCUCGUAUGUCUUCACCAAGAACAUCGACCGAGCUUUCAGGUUAGUGGAGGAUCUGGAGGCCGGUAUGAUCGGGCUCAAUACCAGCUCUAUAUCUGCAGCAGAUUCUCCUUUCGGGGGUAUCAAAGAAUCUGGCUAUGGCAAGGAAGCCGGUAAAGACGUCGCCGUCGAGGAGUAUCUGGUUACCAAGGUGGCAUCUUUUGCACUCGAAAGUCGGGUAUGA